AUGACAUUCGAAAAAGUCACCAUGGUUGUUGCUUUCUGUGCUUUACAAUGCAUCUUAAAAGGAGAUCUUUCCAGCACCUGGGCCAAGUUAUGCGGCUUUCCAACAACAACCAGUCCAUUCGCAGCAUGCACUGCUUCUGACCACGAGUGGAUCGUUCAUGAUGAGGCUGGCUCACCUUCUCUUGGUCGUCCAGAGCGUGGCAGCAAUUGCUCGGCGUUGAUCAAUCACGAUGCCGCAGCAAAGAAGGCUCAAUACCGGCCAUACGGAGCGGAAUACAAAGGGAUAUCAGCCCUGCAGUGCCCUUGCUUCCCAAACUCUUUAGCUUCCAAGCCAAAGACACCGCACGCCUCACAGCCCUGUUUAUAUCAGCUUGCAGGUGCUGUGCUGUGUUGCUGGGUGCAAAGAGGGAGUGCAAGAGACAGACUUGCCUCUCGACUGUCAGCCCUCCAUCUUUUGACAACGUCAGAGCAAAGCCGAGCUUUCAGCUCCGACCAAGAGAAUCUUGGUCUUGGUGCCGAUGACAAUAUUUGA